AUGAAUAGACCUCCCCGGCUUCGUCGUCGGGGCCCGCGUGCCUCCCAAGCCUGUGAGGGCUGCGCGACAGCCAAAGCUCGAUGCGAUAAUAACGAGAUUUGCCAGCGCUGCCACCGGCGACAGAUGUUUUGCGUUCGACCCUGGACUCUGGCAGAAGAAGAAAUCCAAAUCCCUGGAAAUGCCGCUUACCCCCAAGCAGACAACAAUGUCGCAAAUUCCUGUUCCGGCGUUGCACAUCAGACUUCCAUCCAGACACCGGAAGCCAAUAUAGAGCCGGACGUGCCUAGUGUGAGAUCCGACUUAGCUAUCGGUCACCUCGGCGGACUGAAUGAUGUAGCUGAACUUCUGGUUGAGGGCUCACCGCAGCACCCGCAGAUUCUACAGAGUUCGGCCGAUACUCUUGGCAUCGCUUCCCCUAUCUUCCCAGCCGCAAAUUUAGAUUUGUCGAUGUUUGCAUCCGACCUUCCCCUUUCACAGACAUUCAAGAGCCAGAGUGAAUCCCCCAAGGUGCUAGAGGCCUUCGAAAAAACAGUGGGGCGAUGGGAUCCGGACUCAGAAUAUCACCGUGCUGCUGAGGAAGGCAAUAUGUUUCUCGAACCAGGAUCCAGUUGCAUAGAAGGUCACCUGCCAUACCCUUCCACUCGCAUAUCUGACGAUAUAGUCUCAUCCGAGACACGUGAUCGAGUUUUGGCCAUGAUACUGCAUACCUGUGAGCCAGCGAAUGUAAGCAAAGUGCUCUCCGCCUUUCCAGCAGCCAAUGUGCUUGAUCGGCUCCUGCAUCACUUUUACGCGGCUCAUGCAACCGAAGAUGAUAGCUGGAUUCAUAUCCCUACACUACGCUCAAGUGAGAUGCCGUCAGAGCUUCUGGGUGCUUGUAUCACGUCGGCGGCUAUGAGGUCGUCCAGUCCGGCUGUUCGCCGGUUCGGAACUGCCCUGCACGGUGUUCUUCAUCCAUAUCUAUUUCAGAUUUUCGAGAAACGGAUAGCACAAACCCGCUGCUUGCAGCAAAUCCAGGCGCUGUCCCUGUAUGUUCAAACAGGGCUAUGGAGUGGCAAUAAACGCAGGAUGGAGAUUGCCGCGGCUAUUGUAGGAUCGGCUGUCACCAUGCUCCGAAGCGGCCGUCGUUACCGUGCUUCGACCUACAGUAGUGUGGUUCCAGAUCCAGCAGAUCCUGACGAUGUACUUGAGAAAAAAUGGCAUAAUUGGGUUGAGCAGGAAUCCUGGAAAAGAUUGGUGUUCCACAUGCAUAUUCAUUGCUCGCAAGAAUCCUUGGUCGACGGAAGUAGAACUCCUGUCUCCUACGCCGAGCUAUGUCUCUCCUUUCCCCAAAGCAGGCAGCUGUGGACAGCAAAGUCCGCAGCGCAAUGGCUCAGAGCAUAUACACAGCUGCAGAGCUUCGAGAAGACAUCGCAAGAGCCAGGCCUGCGGGAGUAUCUCGCCAACCCGCUCCUCCUGCAGACCAUUUCACCACUUUACGACUCCAACUUAGCACGCUUAAUUGUCCUUCAUGCUGUCGGCUCCAUGGUCAAAGACCACCUCCAGUCGAGAGGUCUUUUGCUUCCAGAUAUAUUGGAUACAACUGGAGUAUUCAUCCUUGCAGAUGAGAGCUCCCAAAACCGGGUGGCACACCUCCUCAACAGCAUCCGCGUACUCCAAGACGACACCCACUCAGGACAGCAUUCCAGCAGCCAGUUAACGUCAGAGUUACUAUCCAUGCAUUCUCUGACCCCCUUUGAGCAAAUCGAAAUAAUUGCUGGCCGCGAAGGGCCUGAAGAAGCCGAAGCUGUCUUACCACUUUUGGAACGAUGGUGCCAAACAACUCAGGCACGGAAGGCUGUAUGGCACGCCAGCCAAGUUAUUCGGUGUUUGCACUACCGUGAUGCACAGAGCUUUACAGAGUUCUUUGCUGUCGCAGCUUACCAGGCUAGUCUGUGUCUAUACAUAUAUGGGACUAUGGCGCAAAUGCCAUCCUCGAGCGACUUCUCUAGUAGCCCAAGGUCGGGAAGUAAGUUCCAGCUCGAUGGACCAGACUCCCCCGUAAUUCAGAGAUGGAUAGUUUUGGGGACUGGAAUCCCCAUGUUGGGAACCGUGACCUCAGCCUCCGCAUUCUAUGAUGGUAUGCCGCUGGGUGCCACGAGGUCUAUUCUUCUUCGAGUUCGUGACCUCCUGUAUCUAAAGGCAUCACAGAAAAACCUGUUGCCACUAGUUACUGGUAUCUGUGAUCUUCUUUGUGCCUUGAGCAUUACGCAACAGAGAGAGCCCCGACACCUCUGA